AUGCUCCGGUUUUCGGAGGAAGACCUCCGGCACGUUGAGGACGGUUUCGAGCGCCACCAGAGCCUCUAUCCUACUUUCCUUCACGGCUACUCGAAGCGAAGCUCCCUCGUCAUUUACCGAACGAUCUCGACUGCAGCCACUGCGGAGCCGUACACAAUUCAGAAAGAUCUCCUCAUCGACGGCUUUCUUCUCCACCAAGCUCUGCUACAGGGGACGGCGGCGUCUCCUCGAUUUCUGCUGGUCAUCGACUUGGCCCCGAUCAACUCCUUCAUCAAGGCCUCGUUGGGACCCUCGGCCGUCGCGAAAUUGCACAAGCAGCCCGAGUCGGCGUUGCUGGCGUUCGUCAAUUCGCCGCACUGGCAGAAUUUGCGGAGUCUGUUCUUCGUCCCGUCGCGGUGCGAGGGCGUGGUGCUCCUGAACGCUCCGUCAAUCGUCCUGCAACUCCUCUCGGUUUUUGACCACUUUCUCUUCCAUCCAAACAGGAACUUCGGGACUGGGCGCGGCAAGCCGUCGAGUGUGCACGCCAUCGAAGCCGCCUUGGCGAACAACAAGGGGGGGCGCUUUCUGCUCCAGGCUUCGCUCGACACCUCGGCGCUGUGCGACUUUGUAGAACCCGCAGAAAUCCCGGUGGAGUACGCGUAUGCGUGCGUCGCGGGACAGCAGGACUCGGAGGAGCACGGGAAGGCGAAGCUCGGCGAGGCGCCCGAGACGCUCCAGUUUUUCCAGUCGCUCUUUGACCUCGCGCAGCGCAUCCACGGCAACAUUGAGAAGGCGAAACGCCGGAACCCGACGCUGUUCGACCUCUCUCUGAAAGCCUCCGCUGCAGGGAUCAAAACCGCCUUGUCCUUCGGCCCGUCGCUCCUGAACAGCGCCGAGAUGUCGGAGUGCAACUCUUCUGCCGACGGCAACGCCUCCGCGGCGCACAGCACUGGCGGAGAGAAGGACUCCAGGCAGAGCCCAGAGAAGAGUGGCCGACGGGCUCCAGAGAGCGGGAAGCCCCAUUCGACGUCGUCGGUGGCCCGAGGCAAAGAGGAAGCACGCGUGCAUGCACCCAAGCGCAGUCGACGCCCGAAACCGGAGAAGCGCGCGGUGCGAACAGAAGCUGACAGCAAAGGUUCACAGCCCUCGCCGCGCCCGAUCGCCACCGAGCCGUCGGUUCCUCCGGCGAGGGAUUCUGACCAGCAGAAACCCGUGCGAGACCUCCCUCCGGCCGCGGUAGUAGCGACUCCGUUCCAGGUUGCAGCGAGCGCCCCAGGGACGGAGCUCGUGUGGGGCGGGGGAGCGGACUACGCCUGGGGAGUAGAUGCGACGGGAGGCGCCUGGGGCGCGGGGCAGCCCAAAGAGGAGUUGUUUUUGGACCGAGGCUACUUCGUCGACGAGGCAGAGGCACUGGCCGCCGGAGAUGCCUUCGAUGACCUCGACUAG